CAGGCGGCGGAGGGAGCGGAUGGUGGAGGACGUCUCUCUAGCAAAGCAAGAAGGCUGGGAAGAACCGUCUCCCCAUCUCUCCUUCUUCCCUUCCUGCCUCCUUUUCUGUGGGAUCCUAAAAGACAAAGUCCUCCUCCUAGCCCCAGGUUGCCCUCCCGUCCUCCUUUUCCCGGACGCGUCCUCCCUUUCCCGGACUUCCUCCCAUUUUUAUUUUGUUUUAUUUUUAGCAGGACUAAGGAGCAUGGCUUUCCAUUUCUAGGAGUGUGUGGAGCUGUGGUUGCGUCUUGUCCUCCUUUAGUUUUCCCCUGGAGUGUCCUCCAUCCUGAGCAUGACUUAAGAAGCAGGCAUUUCCAUUUUUAGUUUUUCCUCCUCCAUCCUCCCUUCUUCUCCUGCAGCGGAUGGAAGAGGAGGAGGAGGACGGACCGAGAGCUCCUGCUGCUGCUGCUGUUGCUGCAAAAGAGGAGGAGGAGGAGGACUUAGCCAGGGCCCUGGCGUCCGCACGGCCACUUGUCGCGGGAUGGAAGCGGGCCGUUGCCACGGAGCAGGCUGCCAAGGGAGCCGAGGCGGCAGAAGGGGAACCAUCCUUUGGUGAAAGGCAAGAGCGUAAUAUGUCCUGGAAGCACUGACCCCCUCUCUAUUCAUCUAUCCAGUCUCUAGUGUGAGCACUAACAGUUAUGCCUUCUGGAAUUUUGUUCAUCCUAUGAUGGAUUACAAAGCCACAAUCACAAGCCGUUCUUCUCUGGGACCCUGAAGCAUUGCUCCUGAAACCUCGAGCAAACCACGCUUGCUUGCUUCUUGAUCACUCUCUUUCUCUCUUGUGGUUCUUCGUUUCCCUUUCCCCUAAGACCUUAUCUGGAUGCAUGCUUACUACAGAGCCGCUCCCCCUCGGUCUCUGCCCCAACACAUCCUCUCCUCCGGCAUCGGGUAGACUGCAGUUGGACAGAUCUGAGGAGGAGUUUCUGCAGACCAGGCCAAAAACAGUGGCUGGCAACUCUGAAAGCUGUGGGCAAGGGAUUUUAUUUUGUUGAGGGAAAGAUAAAACUGGCUGGGUUUACACAGAAGAAGGAUGUCUGGCUACCUCUGGAUGGCCAUUCCCUUGCCUGGCUGCACCUGUAAGGAAUAGAGAGAAGAAGUGAAAGUCCAGCCAGGAUCCAAAGCAAAGUGUGUAGGAAGCUGCUUUUGCUUCUCAGAGAACCAACUAUACCAAGAAAGUUCUUCAUAAGACCUCCUCAUCCUCCAGACCUUUGACCCUCCUCAUUCCCAGAGGCCAGCAGUUGCUUAGUACCUACAUCCAUGGUUUUCAGAAGCUGUAGGACCUUUCCUCUCACCACAGAGAGAGACUGAAGGAUGCCUUCUGUUCACACAGUCGUGCCCCAUGCUGCCUUCUUCCUACCUUCCUAGCCAAAGUGGUUUCUCUGCAAUGGAGAGGAUGAGACCUCCGGCUAUGGCAACAUGAGAUAGGAACUAUUUUCUCAGGGGUAAAAAUAGGGGACUUUAAAUCUUGAGCUUGAGGACAGUCUCCUGCCCUCUGGGUGAAAACAUACGCCUCUUUCCCCUGCACAAAAAGAUACUUUUUGCAGGAGUGAAAAAACAGAGUAGCUCUCCUGGUGCUGGCUUACCUCUUAUGCCAUUGGAACAAGUGGUCUGUGGGUUGGCCAGAACAAGUGUGAACUCCUCUGGCCCGCCAGACCCGUGGCCGGUGCCUACAUGGAAGACCUGGGCAAGUCCACGUCGUGGCUAAGGGGUGAAUUGACGUCCCCUUCUCCAUGCCUCCACAUCCUCGACUGCCGCAGCCGAGAGCUGUAUGACUCUUCCCACGUGGAACGGGCCCUGAGUGUAGCCCUCCCAGGGUUGCUCCUCCGGCGUCUCCGUAAGGGGAACCUGUCUGUCCGAUCCUUGCUGCCUGCACCCCCGCAGGGCCUCGGGGACCAUCCUGUCUUGCUAUACGAUGAGGGAACAGUCCAACUUCCUCAACCACGGAGCCAAGAGGACGAUGAGGACUCAGUGUUGGUGACACUGCUGCAGAAGCUGCGGGAGGAAGGAUGCUCAGCCUACUACCUGCAGGGAGGCUUCCAUAAAUUUCAAGCUGAGUGGCCACACCUCUGCGAGACAAACCUGGACACAGCCAGUGCCAGCAGCUCGCCUGUGCCCCCGUCUGCCCCGGUGGUAGGCUUGGGGGGCCUGAGCCUUAGCUCAGAUGGCUCAGAUGCUGAGUCGGAGCCCCUCAGCAGUGGCAUGGAGUCCGAAGGGGCGAGUCCACCAUCCUUUCCCGUGCAGAUUCUACCCAACCUCUAUCUGGGCAGUGCCCGUGACUCCGCCAACCUGGACACCCUGGCUAAGUUGGGCAUCCGCUACAUCCUCAAUGUCACGCCCAACUUGCCCAACCUCUUUGAGAAGAAUGGUGACUUCCAUUACAAGCAGAUCCCCAUUUCAGACCACUGGAGCCAGAAUCUCUCUCAGUUCUUCCCCGAGGCCAUCGAAUUCAUUGAUGAAGCCCUGUCUCGGAACUGCGGCAUUCUGGUACACUGCUUGGCGGGGAUCAGCCGCUCAGUUACUGUCACUGUUGCCUACCUCAUGCAGAAGCUCAACCUCUCCCUCAAUGAUGCCUACGAUCUGGUGAAACGGAAGAAGUCGAACAUCUCACCCAACUUCAACUUCAUGGGGCAGCUGCUGGACUUUGAGAAGUCCCUGGGGCUCAGCCGGAGCAGCCGCCCCACCUCCAGCCAGACCUGCUUCUUCACGUCGCCCACUGAUGACAGUGUCUUUGAGCUGGAUCCCACGUAGCAAGCUUAAGGAGGGGCACAACAUGGGUGCUGGCUUUGCUUCUUGUCCUCCUCUGCUCUUUGGUUCUACCAGCCCUGCCCUGGUGGUGGAGCCCUUUGGGACCAACAGAAUUACCUCAUGCCAGAGAGAGAAAGGAGGGGGCACCUCUUUUGAGACCAAUGGCCAGUUCAAGAGCAGGUUUUUGCUGCCUUCUUGUGUUCUCUGAGGCACCAACAGUGAUGCUAUGUACCUAUCAAUCGUACAGCAACUCUGACAGAGCCACACCAUUAACCAAAGAAAGACUCCUGCCCCACCUCAGUUCCACCUCCUCAUCUACAGAGCAAGAGAGCCUGACCUUCUUCUGGAGCCUGCUGUUUCUGGAGUGUUUUGUGUUAGACAUAUAGCAUGUUGAACACAGUCCAUUGUCCCUGUUUCAUGAGCCAUGUCAGGGCUGGCACCUGCUGGUUGCUAAUAAUCCCCAUUGUAUCUAGAACUCUCCCUAAUCCCAUGGCUCAAAAACUAUAAUUUAGAAAUUAGACUGGAGACCUGUAUCUUUCUCAGAUGAUACCUGCCUACAUAGGAUGUCAUAGGAUGGCCUUAAGAAGCCAGGCAGGAGCAGGUCUACCAAGGUAACUCUGGAGUGGAUCAAGGUGUCUCCAACAGUAGCAAUGUACAGUCAGAAUCCUGUUAUCUCAGAGGGAAGAACUUGCUUUAUGAUUCUAGAAGCCAAAAUGAUGUCCCAGCUUAUUUUACAUCACCCAAGACUUUGAAAUUGCCUUAAGGAUCUUCUAUCAAGUCUGAUGGUUAUCAGAAACUUCAGAAGGAGGUGGAAAAUCUGUACCCUUUGCUUUUAAGUCUUGGACCUCUGGUUCUAGAAGUUAAUCCUGCCAGAAAAGUUCUGGAACAUGCAAGGAAUCUCCAUAAUUAAUCCAGGUCAGGAAUCAUGAAGCUCUAGAUCAUCUGAUGACCAUACCUCAUCUGUCACCUCUACAUUUCCUUAUCCUCAGAGCAGUACAUCCGGCUGCUUGUCCAGCUAUGUGGAAAAAGUAAAUGGAAAAUUUAUGUCUGGUUGGAAGUUCUGGGAUAGGCUUAUACCAGGGAUUCACAGAUAAUCCAUAGUAGAAAAUUGCAUGGUUACUACAUGGAUGUGGGAUAAAGCUGGAGCAGCUGUGUAUGUAUAUGUGUGUUUUGUGCAAAUUUUGGCACAUGGGUGUAUCUGGGUGUGCCUUAAAGCCUGUGCAUGUGAGCAACCAGAGCUGCGUGUAUAUGUACUAGCUAGCAUCUGCCUAGUACUUGCACAAAGAGACUUAAUUUCGGUUUAUCCUCAGAAGCCUAGGGCUGGAACUCAGUGUUGGCACCAAGGCUCAGUGUAGGGCACACAGGGCAUUGUAUCAAAGAAGAUGGCAUCUCUGAACAUGUGUGGGGGGAACUCAAAUGGUAAUAAAUGCCAAUGGGAUGUUUCCCUCUGCACCAUAGCCUGCCUCCUUGCAUUUGUAAUUGCCUAUGCGUGGUUUCAGGGUCAAGACUUACAUGCAAGCGAGCCUUGGCAUUCCUUAAAUCUUCAUUUUAAUUAAGGCUGCAAUACUGUAUGCACUUACAUAGGAAUAAAUCCCACAAAAUUCAGUGAGACUUAUCCCAGUAGAGGAUUGUUCUGUAAAUUAACCACUGUCUAUAUGUUAGUAUAUUCAGAAAACAGUGUGUUUCAAAUAUAUCCAAGGGAUUCUGGGACACUUGGAUCAAAUCUGUUGCCCUUGCUCUGUUCACUCUGGACCUGGAAGGCUGCAUCUAUGCUGCAAUUCCACAGGAGCACAGAAAUGGGGAACAGAAGGAUACAUUAUCUGCAGAAUUCUGCUUCCUAAAAAUUCUGCUUUUUUAUUUUGUUUCUUCUCCCCCCCCCCCCCCCUUUUAAGUGACUUUCUAGCCCAUGUGGCUGCAUAGUUAUCUGCCUGUGGGCAAUGCUUGCUAAAAUAAUCUCAGCAGGAGCUCCUGUAUGAGAUUUCAAAGUUGGGGUGGGGAGAAGUUUCCCUUGCCCAGACAGUUACUAAAACCAGAAUAAAUUAUGCAAAACAGUAAAAAAUGCAAAUGGUUAUGCAACAUCUGAACAGUUAUGCAAACUUGCUCAGCUUGCACAAUUCACCUGGCUUACAAAAUUCAGCUUUCCCAGAAUUUGGACCCAGAAUUUUCUUGAAAUCGUACAGGUUAGGCUACGCACAAGCCCCUAUGUACACAUAUGUGUCCAAACACAGUUUUACAUACCAGUCUAUUUCUCUGGAGCUAUGCUUAUCUUUUUCUUUUUUGUUACAUGGCAGUUAGGAGUCUUAUCUGCAGAGUUGUUGUUCUUUCUAGGUUUUUUUAAAAAUAAGUUUGGCAUCCUGGUCUGUUUUUGAAAUGAAUGUAAAUCGCUGUGGAGCUGAGAGGGAGGUGGGCAACUGGUCACUUCAAUAAAGCAGGACUUUAAACAACA